AUGCAAUCCCGCGAUGGAGAGGAUAGUGCAAAAGUGCUUCAAGCUCAAAUUCACGUAUGGAAUCACAUGUUCAGCUUCAUAAACUCCAUGUCCCUCAAAUGUGUAGUUGACUUGGGCAUACCAGAUGUUAUACAUAACUAUGGCCAACCCAUGCCACUUUCAAACCUCAUUGCUUCGCUACCAAUCCAUCCAUCCAAAACCCCAUUCAUCCAUCGCUUGAUGCGAAUCAUGACCCAUUCUGGCUUUUUCUCUCAACACAAUGUCACCGAGAAUGAGUUAGAAGUAGAGUACGUGCUAACUGAUGCAUGUAAACUACUUGUUAAGAACCAUCCCUUGUGUUUGACACCCUUCUUGCAUGCCAACCUUCAUCCAAUUAUGACAAAGCCAUGGCAUCAAUUUUCUAGUUGGUUCAAAACUGAUGAUCUUUCACCAUUUGAAACUACACACGGGAUGUUGAUUUGGGAUUAUUUUGGCCUUCACACGGAAAUUAAUCACUUAUUCAAUGAUGCCAUGCAGAGUGACACUUCGAUGUCUAGUUUGGUGAUUGAGAAGUGCAAGGGAGUGUUCACAGGAUUGGAGUCAUUGGUUGAUGUUGGGGGAGGCACAGGGACCAUGGCAAAGGCCAUUGCCAAAUCAUUCCCACAUAUGCACUGCGUAGUAUUAGAUCUCCCACAUGUUGUUACUGGCUUGCAAGGAAGUGAAAACCUAAAAUACGUUGGAGGUGACAUGUUUGAGGCCAUUCCUUCGGCUGAUGCCAUUUUGUUGAAGUGGAUAUUGCAUGACUGGAGUGAUGAGAAAUGCAUGAACAUACUGAAGAAGUGCAAGGAGGCAAUCAUGAGGGAAGGCAAAGAAGGGAAGGUGCUUGUCAUAGAUAUGGUGAUAGAUGAUGAGAAGAGAGAUGAUGAAUCAGUGGAAACCCAAUUCUUAUUCGAUAUGUUAAUGAUGGUGUUGCACACUGGAAAAGAGAGAAGCAAGAAAGAAUGGGUUAAAUUGUUUUCCUCUGUUGGUUUCAGUGAGUAUAAGAUAACUCCAGUGUUGGGACUGAGAUCUCUCAUUGAGAUUUAUCCGUAG